AUGGUAAAGUGUGAGUGACAGGAUUGGGAUUUUUAAUUUUAGUCGGAUAUUUGUGUUUGUAGGUACAUGGGAAAUUUUUAAAAUAAAGUUUUUGUUGUAAAAAUGUUUGAUUCAAUAUUUCGAUCAUGGAAUAGAUACUGGCAUCCAGAAUUAUAUCCAAUACCCGAUGGACCAAUAACAUUUGAUCCAUUUCUUGGAAUUGGAGAAAGAAAGGAAAGAGUUGCUAAUAUUAAUGAGGCCCAAUUGAGAGCGUGCAAAAUCCCAAAAGCAAAAUGGGACUUUUGUGCAGAUAAGCUACUCGAAUUGGAAAGAUGUAAAAUGGAUCACUUUCCUUUUAUGUGGAAAUGUAAAUCAGAAUCUCACGCAGCCAGUAUGUGUUAUUUUGAUGAUUAUGUUUUAAGAAUGAAAGAAUAUGAAAGAGAGCGCAGACUCAUGGAAAGAGAACAACGUUUGAAUACUAGAUAAGAAUUUAACAAGGAUAAAAUAACAUUUU